ACANAACACCCUGUCACAAGUUCAAAACACACACACACACACGCAGUUUGGAGUGUGUCAAUUUGAGAGAGAGAAAAAUGGAGGCGAGAAGCAUCUUCUAGGGAGACUUCAAAGAAUUAGCCCUUUAUCUGUGCUGGGUAUUUAGAGAAAAAAAAAAAGUUUUUCUUUUUUAGUUGUUGCAGCUUUUCUUGAAAAGCUUCUGCAGCUUAAGCGCAACAGCUAAAGAAGUUUGGUAGAAGUUAUUAAGCUAUAUAUAGAGUGGACAUCGAGUCUUCGUGUUGGCUGCUUUCAAGGAGGGUAAUUACAUAGUAAUGCUUAGAAGUUAGAAGAUGGGGAAGAAGGGGAGUUGGCUUUCAGCCAUCAAAAGGGUCUUCACACACAGCUCGAAAGACAAACCAACUGUUGGAUCGGAUAAGAAGAAGAAGAAGGACAAAGGAAUUCGAAGGCCCGAAAAAAGCAAAUCAUUGAUUCCCCUGUUCAGUGAGCCGAGCAGCAUCGAGAAAAUUUUAGGGGAAGCCGAUCAACUGCUUAUUAGGCCUAAUAUUACAAAUAUUGUUACUACUUAUGAUGAUAGUACUAAUACAAAUGUUACUAAUAAUGCCAUUACACGUUCAUCUUCGAGUCCACCAAUUUUACCGGCAAGACCAGUCUCGCCUAGAGUUCCUUCACCGAAAGCCACUUUCUCUCCUCCUUUGAAGGCUUUAACAAGUGGGGUCUCAUCUUCUUCUUCUUCUUCAGAGGCAUUUAUUCCUAAGGUGACAACAGAAAAUAAAAAGGAAAUUACGAAUUUGCCGAGGCCGGAGCCCACUUUGGCAGACCAAAACCUCUCAGCUACUAAGAUCCAGGCUGUGUUCAGGGGUUACAUGGCGAGAAGAAGCUUCAGAGCUGCAAACGGUUUGGUGAGACUUCAAGAAGUGCUUAAGGGCCAGAAUGUGAAGCGGCAAACGGCAAAUGCCAUGAAACAAUUACAGCUGUUCGUGAGGGUUCAUACACAAAUUCAGUCACGAAAGAUACGAAUGUUGGAAAAUCAACGGCAAGAUUAUAGGAACCGUAAUAAAGAUCUCGAGAGUACCCUCAGCAAAUGGACCAACCAACUGUCUGAGAAUGAGGAUUGGGAUGAUAGCUUGUUAACAAAAGAGGAAGUUGAAGCAAGACAACGGAAGAAAGCUGAGGCUGUUAUAAAACGAGAGAGAGCCAUGGCCUAUGCAUACUCUCACCAGUCGUGGAAAGACAACCCAUCAUCGUCCCACGGCCCUCUCGACCCCCGAACCAACGGGUUCCCUUGGUGGUGGAACUGGCUAGACCGCCAGCUCACCGACUCGAAAGACGCCCCCCUAACCACCACUCCUCCUCCUCCAAGUGGGCCCACUUCCGAACGCGGGCCGAGCCACCGGGCCCACAACAACAACGGGGAAUCCUCGACCCCACGGUCUUCGAGGUCUCGUUUCCCGAUGAAGGACAAUGAUGAUGACGGCAGCUUCGUGAGCUGCCCACCGUUUUCCGUGCCGAGCUACAUGAGCCCGACUGUCUCGGCAAUGGCCAAGGCGAGAAGGUUCGCGGGCACGCGGCCCGAAAGCGGGUCGGGCCGGAGGUUCUCUUUCCCCCUGACUCCGAAUUCGGGCCGGUGGGGGAAAGUGGGGCCCACUCAGCACGACUCGACUCGUUCAGUUGGGGAGUUUAGUGUGGGUUCGGCUACUUCUAUGCCGGCUUUGGUUGGGAGGAAGCCGUUUAACAGAGUCGUGUGAUUCGUCGAUGGUUCUGCAAAGGCUACUGAGCUUUUUUUUUCUUUUGUUUAUUUU